AUGUUUCUGAAUCCAUUUGUCAUGUUAGAAUCUUGGUUUACGUGCAUGACAAUCUCGUAUAUGGCUGAGCAUGUCGUUGGAACUGGUUCAUUUGGUGUUGUCUUUCAGGCCAAGUGCUUGGAGAGAGGUGAAUCUGUUGCUAUAAAGAAGGUUCUGCAGGAUAAAAGAUACAAGAAUAGGGAACUCCAGAUUAUGCAUUUACUUGAUCAUCCUAAUACAGUCCAAUUGAAGCACUAUUUCUUUUCAUCCACCGACACAAAUGAGCUCUAUCUGAACCUUGUUCUGGAGUAUAUACCCGAAACAGUUUUCCGAGUUUCAAAACACUAUUGUAGAAUGAAUCGCCACAUGCCAAUGAUUUUUGUGCAAUUGUAUACAUACCAGAUUUUCCGUGCUCUAAAUUAUUUACACCAUGUGAUCGGAGUAAGCCACCGUGAUAUUAAGCCACAAAAUUUGCAGGUCAAUCCCUACACUCACCAGCUGAAGAUAUGUGAUUUUGGUAGUGCAAAGAUGUUGGUGCCCGGUGAACCCAACAUAUCAUAUAUAUGCUCACGAUAUUAUAGGGCUCCUGACAUAUUUGGGGCAACGGAAUAUACAACAGCUAUUGAUAUGUGGUCUGUUGGCUGUGUCAUGGGUGAGCUUCUGCUUGGACAGCCAAUGUUUCCUGGUGAAAGUGGUGUCGAUCAACUAGUGGAAAUUAUUAAGAAACUGGGAACACCAACUAGAGAAGAGAUUAAAUGUAUGAAUCCAAAAUAUACCGAGUUCAGAUUCCCUCAGAUCAAAGCACAUCCAUGGCAUAAGAUUUUUAACAGGAGAAUAUCCCCUGAUGCAGUUGAUCUUGUAUCAAGGUUGCUUCAGUAUUCGCCAAACCUACGCUGCACUGCUUUGGAGGCUUGUGCACACCCUUUCUUUGAUGAUUUAAGAGACCCCACUGCAUGCUUACCCAACGGCCUAGCUCUACCUCCUUUAUUCGAUUUCACCGAUCAAGAACUGGCCGGCGCAUCUGCUGAACUCCGUCAACGCCUUAUUCCGGAACAAGCAAGGACAUAAAAGAUCAAAUGAGACGGCAUUUAUAGGCAAAUUGUAAUUUUGGUUUUGGAUGAUUAGUUGCCACGCCCCACCACCCUAUGAAUAUAAAGCCAAGCACCUAAAUAUAUAUCCACAUACCCUAUAAAUGGAUAUGCCGAUGAGAUGAAAAAAGAACUGAUAUAUGCCAAAUAGGUUUUUGGGUUCUUUUCUCAUGUAUAUAUGUGUGCAUUGGCUGCUAUACAUUGUAGC